AGAGGGGGUGUGGCAGCUCAGUGCUGGUCUUCUCCUUCCCUCGCCUUCGUCCGUCUGUCUCCAUUCUCGUCGGUCGUCUCCCGGGCAAACGCUUUUGCUCUCUCCCCCACAACAUCCGCGCAAUUCUGCGGAGACCCUUCUCGACUUUCUCUCUUUUGGGUCGUCAAAGCCUGGCGAUUCGAUCCCAGUGGGCUGAGGCUGAGGCGGCGAUCCGCAAUCGGUACUGCCCCCGAUAAGAUCAUCUGGGUAUAAAUGCGGACAGCGCAUUGAACUGGAUUUCUGUUUGCUUGAUGGUUCGGGAAAGGUCUUGACUUUGGCCUCUUUGAUCUUGUAAAUACGUCGGUAAUUCAAGUUCUAGCUUCAGUGUCGAGAACUGAGGCGGAUAUAAAUUAAGUCGGAGUUAAGUGUUUGCUUUCUCCCAAUGGGUGGUUUUUGCUCGAGGAGAUCCAGUGUAGAUAAUGCUCCCAGUGGAAACCUUACGAAUGUAGACGGUACUUCUAGUAAUGACUCCAAUGUCCAUCGGUCUGGUGCAAUGCCUAAGAGUGGAAACCACAUUCCAAAUCCGUCCUCAGGUGGAGAGGAUGGGGAUGUGGAAUUGCAGGAGCCCUUCUCGUCUUCUGCAGAGAAUGCGGUUUCACAUCCUUUGAGUCCGGAAGAUUUUUACGAUGGUAUUCCGCGCUUGUCGAGGACGUCAUCGCAGAAAUCUAGAUCGACCAGGCCUAAGCAAGUGGCGGUUGCUACGGUAUCAGAAGUUGGCACACUUUUAGGAAAAGCUGGAGGGAAGGCGGUAGAAGUUUUAGACACGCUUGGAAGUAGCAUGACGAACCUGAAUCUUAAUAGCGGUUUUACCUCGGGAGUGACUACAAAAGGAAACAAAAUAGCGAUCUUGGCUUUUGAGGUUGCAAAUACAAUUGUAAAGGGUGCUAAUCUUAUGCUAUCCCUCUCGAAGGAUAACAUCAAGCAUUUGAAAGAAGUGGUGCUUCCCUCGGAAGGUGUGCAAAAUCUAAUAUCAAAAGAUAUGGAUAGACUUCUAAGGAUCGCUGCAGCAGACAAAAGAGAGGAGCUGAAAGUUUUCUCUGGAGAGGUGGUUCGAUUCGGCAAUCGUUGUAAAGAUCCUCAGUGGCACAAUUUAGAACGAUAUUUUGAGAAGUUGGAUUCAGAGUUUACAUCCGAAAAGUUAACGAAGGAGGAGGCGGAGAGGACAAUGCAGCAACUGAUGGAUCUAGUUCAGUACACAGCUGAAUUGUAUCAUGAGUUGCAUGCCUUAGACAGAUUUGAGCAAGAUUAUCAGCGCAAGCUCCAGGAAGAGGAUAACCCGAAUGCUACUCAAAAAGGAGACAGCCUGACGAUAUUGAGGGCAGAGUUGAAGAGCCAGAGGAAGCAUGUAAGGAGUUUGAAGAAAAAAUCGCUUUGGUCAAGGAUUUUGGAAGAGGUAAUGGAGAAGCUUGUUGAUAUAGUUCAUUUCCUACAUUCGGAGAUUCACGAAGCCUUUGGUACUGCUGAUUCUGAUAAAUCCUUAAAAGGUUCUGCAAGCAACUCGAAAACGUUGGGUUCUGCUGGUCUUGCUUUACAUUAUGCGAAUAUUAUUGGUCAAAUCGAUACUCUUGUAUCCCGAUCGGGUUCUGUACCUCCUAAUUCAAGAGAGGCUUUAUACCAAGGUCUACCUGUUCAUGUGAAGACAGCAUUUCGCUCAAAGUUACAGUCAUUUCGAUCUGUAGAAGAGCUUUCUAUACCACAAAUUAAAGGAGAAAUGGAAAAGACGUUGCAGUGGCUUGCUCCUCUUGCCACUAAUACUACAAAAGCCCAUCAUGGCUUUGGUUGGGUCGGAGAAUGGGCAAACACGGGAUCUGACCUGAACAGGAAACCUACUGGCCAGAAUGACUUGCUCCGCAUUGAGACUCUACACCAUGCAGAUAAGGAAAAGACUGAUGUCUACAUUCUUGAGCUGGUGGUGUGGCUUCACCAUCUUGUAAGCCAGGCUAGGGCUUCUAAUGGUGGAUUCAGAUCUCCUAUUAAAUCUCCUAUUCGGUCUCCCAACCAAAGUACAGUCCAGAUAUCUAUGCACAGUAAGCCUCUAUCUCCAUCGUCUGCUUUGACAGUUGAAGACCAAGAGAUGCUUCGCGAUGUGAACAAGCGGAAAUUGUUGACCCCGGGAAUAAGUAAGAGCCAAGAAUUCGAGACUGCAAAAGUAAGGCUAUCCAAACACCAUAGACUGAGUAAAAGCAGUAGCCACUCCCCAACCGGGGAAAGCCAUAAAGAUCCGUUUCCCCUUCGGAGGCCGUCUUCUGUUCCUAUCAUCGAUUUCUAUAUUGACCGGAUCAAAGCACUGGAUGUGAUUGACCGCGUGGACAACAUUUGAGGCGGUUGACUCUGCCAAGCGAACAAGGGGGCCGAGUCGAGGUCUUUUGCCUUAUGGGGUGGUAAGUCUGCCGCCUCUCUGUUUUGGGUGCUUUGUCUUUGGUGAAGUCUGCAUUGCUUAAGCUAGUCUGCAGAUGAAGAUGGAGCCCAAGGAGUUGCUUUUAGCGGUGCAAUGAGCGGCUUUUCUGUGUAAAACCUCGGUGUCAGCUUCAUCUCACUUGUGCUUUGGAGGAGGUAGCGUUAUAAUUUUGUCAAUCCUCCUGGAUGUACAGAGACAGAGAAGUACUUGGUCAGUCUGCAAAUGUUUCUCAGCUCAUGGUUCCGUUUCUAUAUAUAUUUCCUUGUUCUGCCUC